GGUUAUUUGUCGAGUUAUUAUGGCCCCUCUUUUUAUUUUUCAUUCUGGUUGCUGUUCGAACAACAAAUCCACCUGUCUACCAUGAGCAAUCUCAUUAUCCUAAUAAGGCCAUGCCCUCUGCUGGUAUUCUGCCAUGGUUACAGGGUAUGUUAUGCAAUUUAAACAACCCGAGUCAAAAUCAUCCAACUGAAGGAGAAACUCCAGGACAAGUCAACAACUUUAAUUCAUCAUUGCUUGCUGGAGCCAUGAUUGAGCUGCAAAGCAUUGUUUCAGACCCAACCGACUUGGCCACAUUUCAACAACUCUUCAGGGAUGUGAACCAAUGGCUUCAAAUUCUCCAGUACUCCAACCCCGGCAAUGGUCAGCCAAUACUACUGAAAAACAUUUUAAAUGAAAAUGAGACAUUCACAACGUACUUAAAAGAGAAUCUUUCAGUCCCUACUUUUGUUGCAGAGGAGAUGAAAACAGCACAGAUUUUCCCAAAUAAGGUAUUAAGUCUUUCCAUGGAUGACAACCUAAACACAAUCCUCUGUAACAAAACAGAACUGAAAAAAUAUAUACAGUUGAACUCUUCAGCAGCUCAAGACAUUUUCCAGAACAUAAGUUGUUCUUUCUCCCGACAAAAGCUGGAGACAACCAGGGAUGUUUUACUGAAAAAUCUCAAUAUGUCAAAGCUAUCUAUGGCGAUACCCAGGGCUCUUGCUAUAAACCCCAGAGAGAUUCUUCCAUUAAUUGGAAACACAACAUCUGAUGUAUUACCAGUAAUUGAGAAGAUUUCAAAGCUUCAGAAGUCUGCACUGCUAAGUUUGGGUUCCUCCUUAGAUUUCACAGGCAAUAUGUUUGGCAGUUUGAAUACAUUACUCUGUGGAAAGGAUGCAGUGUUUGGCCAAGGAAACAACAGCUACUCUAACAGCUCUAAACCUCAAAGUAAUUGGAUCAAUGGAAGUGACACAAAUUCUACCAACAGCAAUUCCAGUGAUUUCUGCCAAACCUUCAUUGAAACAUUAGAGAGCACACCUGCUCUGCGGUAUGUGUGGAGCACAUUCCGUCCACUGCUGCUGGGAAAGAUUCUGUACUCUCCUGACACUCCUGCAACAAGCACCAUCAUUAGAGAGGCCAACAGUACAUUCUAUACACUAGGAUUGCUGAAAAAGAUUGGUGAAGCCUGGGAAGUACAUGGACCAUUAAUUUGGACAUUUUUGCAGAACAGCACUCAAAUCAAUUCACUCAGGGCCUUGCUGAAUAACCCAGCAGUAGCGGCAAUAGUAAAUCUCCAGCUGCGUGGCUCAGGAUGGACAGCUGAACGGCUUUCAAACUUCCUAUACAAUGGUUCCCCAGAAGCAAGACCUACUGGAAUGCCUGCCUAUGACUGGAGAGAUGCCUUUAACUACACCAGUGAAGUCCUAUGCAGACUCACUCAGUUUAUAGGGUGCCUGGUCCUAGACAAAUUUGAGGCGGUCCCCAGUGAAGCAAAUUUAGUUGAAAGGUCCAUGAAGUUGAUUCAACAAAAUAAAUUCUGGGCUGGGAUUGUUUUUGAGGACAUCAAUCCUACAGCCAGCCAGCCUCCUCAUUUUGUGAAGUACAAAAUCAGGAUGGACAUUGAUGAAGUUGAAAGGACACAUAAAGUGAAGGACAGGUUAUGGGCUCCUGGGGCUCGUGACAAUUCCUAUAACGACUUACGUUAUAUAUGGGGAGGAUUCGCCUAUCUGCAGGACAUGAUGGACCACGGCAUUAUAAGAGCACACACGUCUAAAUCCCAACCACUUGGCGUAUUUGUUCAGCAAAUGCCGUAUCCCUGCUAUGUGAAUGAUGUAUUUCUACGUACACUUGCACGUUCACUGCCUCUCUAUAUGACACUGGCCUGGAUUUUCUCUGUGGCUAUGAUUGUAAAAAGCAUUGUGCAAGAGAAGGAGGCACGUCUGAAGGAGAUGGUGAGGAUGAUGGGACUGAACUAUGGCACUUACUGGCUGAGCUGGUUUAUCAGCAGUGUCAUUCCACUGAGCAUCAGUGCCCUUCUUCUCACCCUCAUCCUCAAGUUUGGGAAGGUCCUGCGUUACAGUGACCCAUCGGUCCUCUUCGUCUUCCUGGUGGUGUUUUGUAUUUCGACUAUAAUGGAGUGCUUUUUCAUUAGUGUGUUCUUCUCCAAAGCCAACCUUGCAGCUGCAUGUGGAGGAAUAAUCUAUUUUGUUCUCUACCUGCCCCAUAUUCUGUGCUUUGCAUGGCAAGAUGUCCUAACAUUCAGGAUAAAGACAAUUGUGAGCCUCCUGUCAAGUGUUGCCUUUGGGUUUGGCUGUGAAAACUUCUCCCUCUAUGAAGAGCAAGGCAUUGGCAUUCAAUGGAGUAAUAUUGGAGUAAAUCCAGUGGAAGGCGAACGCUACAGCUUUGUGGUCUCCAUCAUGAUGAUGCUCAUUGACUCUUUCAUCUACUGGAUGCUCACAUGGUACAUUGAGAAUGUAUUUCCAGGUCAGUAUGGAAUACCGAGGCCUUGGUAUUUCCCUUUUACAGCAUCUUAUUGGUGUGGACUGUCAGCAAAAUCAUAUGGAGACCCGGAUGUAUUAAUGUCUUCUGGAUAUCAAAAUGGCUUUCUAGAACCAGUGCCACCCAAUCUAAAACCAGGGGUCUCUGUGAGGAACCUUGUUAAAAUCUACAAGACUGGCAAGAAGGUGGCAGUGGAUGGACUCAGUGUUGACUUUUAUGAAGACCAGAUAACCUCUUUCCUUGGUCAUAAUGGAGCAGGAAAAACUACCACAAUGUCAAUUCUGACAGGGCUGUUUCCACCAACAUCUGGCACAGCUUUAAUCAAUGGCAAGGAUAUUCGAACUGAGAUGGAUGAUAUCAGAAAACAUAUGGGAAUGUGUCCCCAGCACAAUGUUUUAUUUAAUGAAAUGACGGUGGAAGAGCACAUUUACUUCUAUGCACGAUUAAAGGGGAAAAGUUCAAAGGAAGUAAAAGGAGAAAUGGACCAGAUAAUAAAAGAUGUUGGCCUGCCACAUAAACGAAAGGAUUUGGUCAAAAACCUCUCAGGAGGAAUGCAAAGGAAAUUGUCAGUUGCGAUUGCAUUUGUUGGAGGAUCAAGAAUUGUAAUCCUUGAUGAGCCAACAGCUGGUGUGGACCCUUAUGCCAGGAGAGGAAUAUGGGAACUUUUGUUAAAAUACAAACAAGGCCGCACAAUCAUCCUGUCUACUCACCAUAUGGAUGAAGCUGAUAUUCUUGGGGAUCGUAUCGCCAUUAUUUCUCAUGGAAAGAUGUGCUGCUGUGGAUCCUCAUUGUUUCUGAAAAAGUGCUUUGGAAGUGGAUACUAUCUCACUCUUGUUAAAGCAGGAAAAAACAAAACGUCAACAGAGUACUCUGGUCUCAGGUUGGCAGAGGUGGUUAAGGAGAACGAUGACGUUUCCCACAGUGGCAGCUCAGAUGAAGGGAUCGGGAGUGAAAGUGAGAGCAUUCAGGACAUUUCAGGCAUAAAGAAUCUGAAUACUCUAAUUAAGAAGCAUGUGCCUGAAGCACGUUUUCUUGAGAGCAUUGGCCAGGAGAUAACCUACAUUCUUCCAUACACUGGGGCACAAAACGGCACCUUUGCUCAAGUUUUUAAAGAGCUGGAACUGGAAAUGUCAGACCUGGGCAUAAGCAGCUAUGGAAUUUCAGAUACCACUCUUGAAGAGAUAUUUCUGAAAGUGGCAGAGGAUACUGGUGUUGAUUCUGAAACACUAGAAACUAGUGAAACAUUUGUAAGAGACUGGAAGAGGACUUCAAGGGAAUCUAAACGCAACAGCAUUUCCAAUGUUGGAAAAAGUUCUGAGCAGCUAAUUAGCAGCAGUGAGGGAAAGGGGAGAUUCACAAAUAGAGUUCAAGAUUCUGAAAGACCCGAUGGCCUGAAGGGGAAAGGUUCAUAUGUCAUCAGCGGGUGGAAGCUGAUUCGCAGGCAGUUUUUAGCACUUUUCAUUAAAAGGUUUCACCAUGCCCGCAGAAGCCGCAAAGGACUUAUUGCACAGGUGGUGCUGCCUCCAGUUUUUGUCUGCUUGUCUCUUAUUUUUUCCCUAAUUUCACCCCCUUUUGUGGAAUACCCAAAUCUUGAACUGCAGCCAUGGAUGUAUGGAUCUCUGCAGAAGACAUUUUUCAGCAAUGAUGCUCCAGAUAAAGUUGAAGUGCUGCGUGUGGCAGAUUCACUAGUGGACCGUCCAGGCUUUGGAACACGCUGCAUGAAAAACAACCCCAUACUGAAACUUCCUUGUGCUUCCAAUGGGUCAGACUGGUUUACUCCUUCAGUGCCACCUUUAAUCUCAGAAAUGUUUGCCAAUGGGAACUGGACUAUGGCCAACCCCUCUCCUUCCUGUCAGUGCAGUACUCCGGAGAAAACAUUCACGUUGCCUGACUGUCCUGCAGGGGCUGGAGGAAUGCCACCCCCCGAGAGGAUACAGAAUACUACAGAUACCCUUCAGAAUUUGACAGAGAGAAACAUGACUGACUUCCUCUUGAAGAACUAUCAGAAAUCAGGGAAAAACAGAUAUGGAGGAAUUUCAGUUGGAGGAGUCAACUCGCAAGUCAGACUAAAUGAGACUGAAAUUGCAGCUGUUGUCAGGGAGUUGAAAAACAUCUUCAACUCUUCCGAGAUAAACAUAACUGAACAGAUAGCCCAGGAUGCAGAAAUGUUCAUGAAGAAACUUGGAACAAAGAAUAAUGUCAAGGUGUGGUUUUACAACAAGGGGUGGCAUGCUAUGGUUUCUUUUCUGAAUGUAGCCAAUAAUGCCAUCCUGCGGGGGAACUUACCUCCUGAUCAAGAUCCCAGUGAUUAUGGCAUUACAACAUACAAUCACCCCCUCAACCUCUCCAAGGAGCAACUAUCGGAUGUAGCUAUGGCUACCUCAUCCACAGAUGUCUUGGUGUCAAUCUGUGUAAUAUUUGCAAUGUCGUUCAUACCAGCUAGCUUUGUGCUAUUCCUGAUCCAGGAGAGAGUCACCAAGGCCAAGCACCUGCAGUUUGUCAGUGGUGUGAAUCCAGGUGUAUACUGGGUUGCUAACUUUGCUUGGGAUAUGUGUAAUUACACCAUUCCGUGUUUGAUAGUAAUCGCCAUCUUCCUGUGUUUCCAACAAAAAGCAUAUGUUUCACUUCAAAAUUUGCCAGCACUGGUCCUUCUUUUAGUUCUAUAUGGAUGGUCAAUCACUCCAUUGAUGUAUCCAGCUUCAUUCAUCUUCGGCGUCCCUAGCACGGCCUAUGUUGUACUGACAUGUGUCAACCUCUUCAUUGGAAUCAAUGGGAGUGUGGCAACAUUUGUAAUGGAACUACUUAACGACAAGAAUAUUGCCCAGAUCAAUGACAUUGUGAAGCAGGUUCUGUUGAUUUUCCCACAUUUCUGUCUUGGAAGAGGGCUUAUUGACAUGGCCAAAAACCAGGCAAUGGCCACAGUUUUUGAAAGGUUUGGUGAAGACCGCUUCCGGAAUCCUCUGGACUGGGACAUGCUGGGGAGGAACCUCCUUGCAAUGUGUAUUGAGGGGCUUGUGUUCUUUGCCUUAACUCUUCUUAUUCAGUAUAGGUUUUUCUUUAAACCAAGGGCAGUGGAUGUAGUCGCACAACCUGUUAUUGAUGAAGAUGAAGAUGUCGCACGCGAACGUAUCCGUGUGUUACAGAGCCCAGCUGAAUCAGACCUAUUGAGAAUCUGUGAUCUCACAAAGGUGUACCAGCACAGAAAGAAGCCUGCUGUCAACAGAAUCUGUGUGGGUGUCCCUGCUGCUGAGUGUUUUGGCCUACUGGGAGUAAACGGAGCAGGAAAAACAACAACCUUCAAGAUGUUGACAGGGGACAUUUCAGUCUCCAGUGGGGAGGCGUUUCUAAAUGGAUACAGCAUAUUAAAACAGAUGAGAGAAGUUCAUCAGAAUAUGGGAUACUGUCCCCAGUUUGAUGCUAUAGAUGAUCUUCUGAGUGGACGUGAGCACUUGGAAUUUUAUGCACGCCUCCGUGGUGUUCCAGAGAAGGAAGUCAAGAUGGUGGCUGAGUGGGGAAUCAAGAAGCUGGGGCUCGUCAAAUAUUCCAACAAGUCAGCAGGUACCUACAGUGGAGGCAACAAGCGCAAGCUCUCCACUGCCAUGGCCCUAAUUGGGUGCCCUCCAGUAAUCUUUUUGGAUGAACCAACAACCGGAAUGGACCCCAAAGCUCGUCGCUUCCUGUGGGAUUGUAUUCUGAGUGUGAUCAAAGAGGGACGAUCUGUCAUCUUGACUUCACAUAGCAUGGAGGAAUGUGAAGCAUUAUGCACAAGAAUGGCAAUCAUGGUGAAUGGCCAAUUUAAGUGCCUUGGAAGUAUUCAGCACCUGAAGAGCAGAUUUGGAGAUGGAUACACUGUGACUGUCAGAGUGGGUGGAUCUUCCCCAGUACUGAAGCCAGUGGAAGACUUCAUGCGAGACACUUUCCCAGGCAGCACGCUGAAAGAAAAGCACCACAACAACCUGCAGUACCAGCUUCCCUGUGUUCAGAAUGCCCUUUCCAAGAUCUUCAGUGAACUCACUAGACACAGGGAGAGUCUGGCCAUCGAGGAUUACUCUGUGUCUCAGACCACUCUUGACCAGGUGUUUGUCAACUUUGCUAAACACCAGCAUGAGGAAGAAGACCCCCAAGUGUACACCAACCCUGUGGAUGUGACAUCAGAUGAGAUGCCCAUGCAGCCUCUGAAAAACCUCCUUUCAUCUGUGAAUGUUUGAUUCACAGGAUGCGGUGGUGUUCCCUUCAAGAAAGAACCCUUCCAUUUUAAUUAAUACUACUAUAGCUGUGAACUUUAAUGGCACUUCUGUAAACUGAUAAUGUAAAGAUUUCAGAUAUGAAAAACAUAGCUUUAUGUCUUCUUUAUUUUUCAAAAUCAUAAAUUAAAUUCUAUUUGCAUACUAAUAACAGUACAAAAAACAACUUUUUAAUUCUCAUUUCAUGAUGUUUUGGUAACUGCUUCUGCUUCUCAGAAUACUUAUACAGUACAUAUAGUACUGUACACAUUCCUCAGCACAGAAUAUGCUAUGAUUAAUUUUGAUUAAUGCAGCUUAAUUAGAUGAUUGUGAAUAUGCAACAGAUUUAACUCAGGGAAGGAUUUUUCAAACAAAAAAAUGUGCAAACACAUUUUGUAGGUUUUUUUGUGUUUUUAUUUCUUCUGUCAGCAGCUUGGAAAGUGAACGGAUAUACAAUAAGACCUCAGACUUUAAAAUAUGAUGUCUAACAUUAUUUAGAUAUUUCAGAUAUUGUUUAUUUUGUUACAUCUCGUUUUGCUUUACUAUCACCACUGAAAUAACACCCUGAUUGUAAUGAUAUGUCUAUUAUAAGUUUUUUUAUCAUCAAAUGGAAAGCCAAUCUAGAAGAGCUACAAACAGUAAAGACACAAAGACUGAGCAUUCAACAUUGAGACGGUCCUAAGAGAGUUUCAGUGGAGACACCCAACAAAGCCAUAGUAUAAUAUUUCUUAUAAAGUAUCUACUGAUUAAAGAUGAUAAAAAAAUGUAUGGGCCCAGAGAAAAAUAGUUUAUAUUUAUAUUAAAAUAUAUAUAAUUAAACAACAUUAUCAUAAAGUUUUUUUUUAACAGUUCAGCUGUUUAUUUUGAGGUUUCCGUGCCUUCAGAAUUCUGAAGAAUUGCUCACGGAACUCUGCACUGAUAAAUAUGAUUUUUUCCUAAAUGCAUUUUACUUCACUUUAUAAGAACAAAUUAGCAAAUAUAUUAGCUGAGAAUGUUGUGUAUCGCACUUUAUUUCUUGUUCAUUAACGGCUGUAUUUUAAUAGCAUGGAUAGUAAUAUGGCACCAUGGUGAUGCAGUGGUUAGCAUUGUUGCCUAGCAGCACUGGGGCCCUGGGUUCAAUCCCUCAGGUGUCAACUGCAUGAGGUUUGUAUGUUUUCCCUGGUGCUCCGGUUUCCUCCCACAGGCCAAAGACAUAAGCGUAGAUAAAUUAGCUUCUAGGAAAAUGGGCCCUGAGGUGACUGUGUGCAUGUUUGUGUCUGUGUAUUACCUGUGAUGGACAGGGCAUUCUGGCUUCUGCUGAUAACUUGACAGGAUAGGCUCAGACUUCCCUUGACCUUGUAGUGGAUAAAUGGAUGGAUAGAACUGCAGUGUCAUUCAGUUGCCCUUUCUUUUGAAAUCUCAUUGAAGGGGUUUUACAAUGGUGCAAUAAAACAUGAUUCACCAAAAGCAUGAACAGAUCCAAAUUAUUUCUGAGUUUGAUUAAUAUUCACUUAAUCAUCGGUCUUUUUUACAAAUAAAACUACUGUAUAUCGACAGGUAUUCCAAAAUGCCAUGAAAAACAUACCAAAAUAAAAUAAUUAGAAAUUAAUUAUUAAUUUUUAAACACACAACAAACCUUAAAGAGUAGUUUGUUUGUGCUGCAGUUUCCUUUUACGUAGGGUUAUUACCCAUUUAAUAUUUCGUUGUACUUUUACAUUAUUUACCAACUGUCUUCUGCGAUUAUUUACUUCUAAAAUGAUCCCUUAAGGCUAAAUGUGAAGAAAUUAGAUGUUUAUAAGGUCACACCGUGUCCAGUGUAAAAUACUACACUAGAAGGAUUCAGAACAAUGUAGCAAAGCCCAUUUUAGCAAAGCUGUUGGUGACUAUUAUUCUUCAUCAGCCUUUUUGUGGCAAAAAAUAAAUUGCAUUUGUUUUGCACAUAACGUCAUGCAAUGAUGACAAAUGAUUAAACAUUCUAACAACA